AUGCCAGGAAGACCAUCAACAAAUAGGAAAAGAGAUCAAAUUGAGAGGGAACUAAAGGGUAAAGUGAAGGUUGAAUUGGCUCAAGAAGUUCAUGUGGCAAGUGAUAGUGACAGUGAAGUUCAAAUGGAGCCUGAUAGUGAGGGUGAAGGUGUAGUUGGAGGGGUUGAAGAACAUGUUGAAGUUGAAGCACAGGUUGAAGUUGAAGUUCAAGAAGAUGAAGACCAGGCUGCAGUUGAAGGUCAAGAAGGUGAAGAACUUGUUGCACUUCAAGAUCCAGUUGGACAGGAUGACCAAGGACAAGAUGCAGUUCAAGAUCUAGUGGAAGAGGAGCCUAUGCAAGAAGUACCAUCAUUUCAAGUUCUACAGGGAAAGAGAAGAAUGAAACCUUCAGAAAGAAUCACGAAAAUUCAGAUAAGAAUGAAGCGGGAGGGGAAAUAG